ACUGUGUUGCCUAUAGUCUAUGACAAUACCGAUCGAACCAUUUUUGAGGUUAUGUUCAAUUUAAAAAUAAAUACACGUGCCAAAAUAAUGUUAUAAACAUUAACAUAAUUUAGAGAAAUUAAACAUUAUGGAUGCUUACGAUAUAUUUAAAACAUUAUCAGCAGGAGCGAAGUUUAAUUUGAAACGUUUUCAAAGUGAUGCCGAAAGAUUUUCCUUAAUAAGGAAACCAGUGAAAGAAGAGAAGGUUGAAAUUAAAGUUGAACCUUUAGAUUCUAUUGCUGAUAAUUUAGAAUUUUCUACUAAAAGAAAACGUGACGAUGAUGAUAAUGAUAAUGAUGAUACAGUUGAAGACGAAAAUGUUUUAACAUUUUAUGAAGGUCUAAAAGCAUCAAAAGAUGGAAAAAUUAUCAAGAAAAAUAAAAAGCAGAAAAUUCUUACUGAUGAGGAGAUAUUGGAGAAACAAAAGAGGCAGGAAAGAGAAAAGAUAAAUUCGUUUAGAAAACAAAAUCGAAUAUCAAUUAUUGGACACGAUGUACCGAAUCCAAUAGAAAAAUUCGAACAUUUAUCGACUGUUUAUAAAGUCGGUGGUGAUUUAUUAAAAAAUAUGACAAAUUCCGGAUAUAAGGAACCAACGCCGAUUCAAAUGCAAGCAAUUCCUGUUAUGUUGGAGGGAAAGCAAAUAUUAGCUUGUGCUCCAACGGGUUCAGGAAAAACUGCCGCCUUUUUAUUUCCAAUUCUUCAUCAAUUAGGUGGACCACAGAAGAAAGGAUUUCGUGCCGUUAUUCUCAGUCCCACUAGGGAAUUAGCCAAACAAACGUACAGAGAGUGUAUGAAAAUUAGCGAAGGUCGCGAUUUUCGAGUUCACAUUAUUAGUAAAAUUAAUAAAGCACUCUCUCAAUAUGGACCAAAGAGUUCAAAUAAAUUCGAUAUAUUAAUCACGACGCCAAAACGAUUGAUGUUUCUUCUAAAUCAAGACCCACCGGCUAUUUCACUAAACAACGUCGAAUGGUUGAUUGUCGACGAGGCAGAUAAAAUGUUCGAAGAUGGAACAAGAAGUUUUCGUGAUCAAUUGAGUGCAAUUUCGAAAGCUUGCUCGAAUCCAAAACUUCGACAGGCGAUGUUCAGCGCAACGCAAACGCCAGCAGUUACCAAAUGGUGUAGAAAAAAUCUCAAGAGUUGGAUUUCUGUAAUGAUCGGUUUAAGAAAUGCCGCAACUGAUCUUAUCGAUCAAGAAUUAUUGUACGUUGGAAGUGAAGAUGGAAAAUUAAUGGCACUACGAAAUAUAAUUCAAAAGGGAAUAACGCCGCCAGUUUUGAUUUUCGUUCAGAGUAAAGACAGAGCUCAAGAAUUAUUUAAUGAACUUAUUUACGAUGGAAUUAAUGUCGAUGUUAUACACGCCGACAGAACCCAAACGCAGAGAGAUAAUGUUGUCAGAUGCUUUCGAGAGGGAAAAAUUUGGUUUCUCGUGUGCACGGAAUUGAUGAGUCGGGGAAUUGAUUUCAAGGGUGUGAGUCUAGUAAUUAAUUUCGAUUUUCCACCUUCUGGAAUUUCGUACAUUCAUCGAAUUGGAAGAACUGGUCGAGCUGGUAACAAAGGAAAAGCCAUCACAUUCUUCACACAAAACGAUACCGUCAAUUUAAGAAGUAUCGCCGAGGUGAUGCGAGAUUCAGGCUGUGAAGUUCCCGAAUACAUGUUGGAAGUGAAGAAAUACAAUAGAAAAACUGUCAAGAAAUUAGAGCACGUGGCUCCUAAACGAAAAACAAUAUCAACCAGACUCAAGCAUAAAAGAAGAUUUAAGAACGAAAAUAAUGAUUCCUCCAAAGGUAAGCAAAAGAAUAGAAAAUUCGACGAAAAGAAACAAAUAAAUAAAUCUCCAAAUGAAGCUAAUAAUCAAGAAACAGUUAAAAAAGGAAAAAGUGAAAAUAAAAAAGAGAAAAAAACAAAAGACGAAACAUCUAAAAGUCGAGGGAAAAAAAAUUCCCCUAAACAAAAAAAGAAAAAAUCAAACGAAAAUGUUCGAGAAACAUUUAAUGGAAAGAAACAAAAGGCGAAAAUUGCCAAAAAGACAAAUAUACUUUUAGCGAAAAAAGUAAAGGCGAAAAAAGGAACUAAAACAUAAAUUACAAAGACUCAAUUUUUAAAACAUUAUUGUAUGUAUUUUCACGAAACAAUUACGAUUUUUGUAAAAAAAAAUUCAUAUAUAAAUCUGUUUUUCAUAAACUAAAAAAAUCUCUUAAUCCUGCUUUCAUAAAUAUUGCAAAUCAUCCUAAUAUUAUUUUUUACAUUAACGAUUAUAAUUUUAUUAUAUUAUUAUAUGUAUAUAAUUAUCGUAGACUAGAAAAAAGCCAAUUUACAUAAUUCGUCAUUGACUCGUCAAAAUUAAUUUAAAAAAACAAACAACUUUUUAACAUUGAGCAUUACCUUAGGCGCGUUUAUAAACAAUGAAAGCAUUCAUUAUAAACAAAUACAAAUUUCACAAAAAUCCAAGCGAAAUCUUAUAAAAUAUAAA